CCAGCUUCCCUUUCGGUUCUUGCACACCGAAGACAAGGUCGGUAAAGCGUAAGGCGUUGCUGUCGCCAUUUCUACUGCACUCGGUUUCUGCGCUUGUCGCGGAGCCCCCAACAGCGCCAUGUUGGGGCAGAGCAUCCGGAGGUUCACGACCUCUGUGAUCCGUAGGAGCCACUAUGAGGAGGGUCCUGGGAAGAAUUUGCCAUUUUCGGUGGAAAACAAGUGGCGGUUACUAGUUAUGAUGACUUUGUACCUUGGAUCCGGAUUUGCCGCACCUUUCUUUAUAGUAAGACACCAACUUCUUAAGAAAUAAGGAUGUUUUAGUUCAUCCAUGAAACAGCUAUGAAGAGGAGCAUUUUAAGAGACUCAGUCCUAAAAUAAAGCUCAAACUCUGUUAAACUGGUAUAGCAUACUGGAUAUGUUUGUAAAUAAACUUACUACGUGAA